AUGCCCUCCAUAAAACUGCACCCACACUGUUCAAGUCCAAAAGGGACUGCGACUGCCUCAACGCCAAACAAUCCUCUCCCAGCACUCCUUCAAACACCCGCGGGCUUAGCCCUGCUCGAGCUCCAGGGCACAAUCAAUGUCCCCUCAGGGAAUGAAGACAUAGAUUACUCUACCCCUACGGAAAAUGCGGCCACCUUUGAAACUCCGAUCGGAAAACUCAUGUUCCCUGACUACUCGGUCCACAACCCAGAUGACACAAAAUGGAUGAAGCGCGCAUACAUGUAUGUUGGCCGGUACCAGCGGAUGACUGGGGAGGUCAAGAAGCUGCCACGCCCGAUUGCCGUGCUACAAAAGCGCCAGGCAUCGGAGCACGAGGAACUCGAGGUUGUGGAGAUUGUGCGCUACAAAAUCUUCUUCAAGAGUCGACCGGAGCCCGUAACUGAUGUUUGA